GUGAUGGUCUCGUGGGUUAUUGAUUCGCUUCCACACGUCGUUGACUUUAUCGCGUAAAGUGUGUUCUUUCGCCGAAAAGUGGAAACUAUUGCUACUCUUUAAAGAUAGGCGGGCAGGUUGGAGCCGGUAGCCCACAUCCUACUGUACUGUUGUAGAGGAGAGACUGUUAUAGAUAGAUAACAGAUAGUUAGACCAUCCGCCUAUGGGCCGCAUUUGAGACGAUGGAGCAUUUUACGCAUUUUUGCCUUUGGUGAGCGCGUUACGCAUGAUUACACAUGCCCUACAGAGUCCCGUCAGACAGCCAGGAGAACUUGUUCAGCUCUGAAGCGGAGGGUCGUCAUGUCGGAGAAGACCCCCCUCCUCCACUACCGUCUCUCCGAGGCCAGCUGCAGCGAGGCACCCGCGGGGGUGCUGCCGGUGCCCCCUUCCCGGGACAGGGGGCAGAGCGCGGCCGGUCCCAGACGGGGGCCAGCGAGCACCAGUCAGCCCAAGAAACUCAACACGUUCUUCGGCGUGGUGGUGCCCACCCUGCUGUCCAUGUUCAGCGUGGUGGUCUUCCUCAGGAUAGGCUUCAUGGUGGGGCAGUGCGGUCUGUACCAGGCCAUAGCCAUGUAUGUGGUGGCCUACUUCAUCAUCAGCAUGACUGUGCUCUCAGUCUGUGCCAUCUCUACCAACGGGGCCCUGGACGCCGGGGGGGCUUACUACAUGAUAAGUCGAGCCCUUGGCCCGGAGUUCGGGGGCAGCAUUGGCAUCAUGUUCUUCCUGGGUAACGUGUGUGCCAGUGCCCUAUUCGUGCUGGGGCUGGUGGAGGCCAUUGAGUCCACCUUUGGCAUGCCUGAAGACGGCACCCUGCCCAUCUCCCCCCACCAGGUGCUCCCGUCGGGGUACUGGUGGUCCCUGCUGUAUGGUACGGCCGUGGCUCUGCUCUGCCUGCUGGUGUGCCUGGUGGGCGCCAACAUCUAUGCCAGCGCCACCUUCCUCAUCUUCCUGGUGGUCAUCCUCUCGCUGGGCACCGUGUUCGUCAGCUUCUUCUCCGUCAGGCCGCACAAUGUCACGCUUCCCGGCUCCGCCUUCCUGCCCGGCAACACCAGCAGCCCCAUGGCCAGCUUCACCGGGUUCAAGCUGGACACACUGAUCGGAAACCUGGGAGAAGGAUAUGGGGUGGACUACACCACAGGGAGGAUGAUGAACUUUGCUACUGUCUUCGCUGUCGUGUUUAAUGGCUGCACCGGCAUUAUGACUGGAUCCAACAUAUCAGGGGACCUGAAGAACCCUAGCUACUCAAUCCCUCGUGGGACCAUCACCGCCGUCAUCUUCACCUUCAUCAUCUACAACCUGUUGAUGGUGAUGGCGGCUUGCACCUGUGACCGUGUGCUUCUCCAGAGGGACUACAACUACCUGAGUGACAUCAACGUGUGGCACCCCUUCGUCACCGUGGGGGUCUACUGCUCCACGCUGUCGGCCGCCAUGAGCAGCCUGAUUGGGGCCUCGCGCAUCCUCUAUGCCCUGGCCAAGGACCACCUGUUCGGUAGGGUGUUGUCUCCGGCUAAGCGGACGUCCUGCGGGGGGAACCCCUGGGUGGCGGUGCUGCUCUCGUGGUUCCUCGUCCAGUUGGUGCUGUUCGCGGGAAAGGUGAACACCAUCGCGGGCAUCUCCACCAUCUUCUUCCUCCUGGUGUACGCGGCCGUGGACCUGGCCUGUCUCGCCCUGGAAUGGGCCUCCGCGCCCAACUUCAGGCCCACCUUCCGUUACUUCACGUGGCACACCUGCUUGCUGGGCAUCAUGGGCUGUGCCAUCAUGAUGUUCCUGAUCAACGCCAUCUACGCCUCGGCCAGCAUCGCCUUCAUGCUGCUGCUCCUGCUGCUCAUCCACUACCUUAGCCCCACCUCCAGCUGGGGCUACAUCAGCCAGGCACUCAUCUUCCACCAGGUGAGGAAGUACCUGCUGAUGCUGGACGUUCGUAAGGACCACGUCAAGUUCUGGCGUCCCCAGGUGCUGCUGAUGGUGUCCAACCCCCGCACCGCCGUGGGCCUGAUAUCCUUCAUCAAUGACAUCAAGAAGAGUGGCCUCUACGUCCUGGGACACGUGCAGCUGGGGGAGCUGAACACCCUGCCGUCCGACCCCCUGCAGUCCCAGUACGACUCCUGGCUCUCCCUGGUGGACCACCUCAAUAUCAAGGCCUUUGUCAACCUGACGUUGGCCACCUCGGUGCGCCACGGGGUGCAGCACCUGCUCUUCAUCUCCGGGCUGGGUGGGAUGCGUCCCAACACCCUGGUCCUUGGUUUCUAUGACAACAACCCCCCGGAGGACAAGCUGCUGGGCCUGGUGCUCUCCUCCUCUGGCCCCCGGGACCCCGAAGACCAGCAGCAGCAGAAGCCCUUCCACUUCCCGUCUCUGCGGGGAGACGCAGCAACUGGAAAGAGCAUGGACCCACAGGAGUACGUGGCGGUGAUCGCGGAUGCCAUCAAGAUGCUGAAGAACGUGGCGCUGGCACGGUACUUUCACGACUUCCAGCGGGCGCGCGCCCUGUCGCCCGCGGAGAAAGGCGCGGGGGUGUAUGUGGACGUGUGGCCCGUCAACCUGCUGCGGCCCGACAGCAGCAGCUACGUGGACACCUGCUCCCUCUUCCUGCUGCAGCUCGCCUGCAUCCUCAACAUGGUGCGCGCCUGGCGCCGGGCACGGCUCCGCCUUUUCCUGUGCGUGGAGGAAGGGCGCAGCCUGCGGGGCACCAAGGAGAAGCUGGGCCAGCUGCUAAAGGAGCUGCGCAUCAAGGCCACGGUGUACACGGUGCCCUGGGACAGCCAGGUUGCGCUGCACUGGCAGCGGCAGAGCCGGGCAGAGAAGAGGCCCCUGGACCCCGCCCAGGAGCAACCAGAACAGGAGGAGGAUAACCAGGAGGAGCCGGAGGUGGAAGAGGAGGAGGACGAGUACGUCAACAGCUUCCCCAGUAACGGGGCGCGCCUCAGCGACGACUACCUGCUGGCCGUCAACAGGCUGAUCCUGGACCAGCCCUGCCUGUCUCCUGCCGUGCGAUUCCUGUACUUGCCCCGCCCCCCGGCCGACACGCGCCGCUACACCACCUACCUGCGCCAGCUGGACCUGCUCACCCUCAACCUGGGGCCCACGCUGCUCAUCCACGGGGUCACGCCCGUCCUCACCACCGACCUCUGAUCUCGCCGCCGCCUUCUGCACUGGCAACCAGAGAAGAGGCCCCGGCUCAUUUAAAAAUAUAGCCGAUGUGCAUCGAAGGGGGGUGAGGUCUUAAUAUCCGGAGGUCAAAAGUCUCGCCAGUACUUCUCUAAUUCCAUCUCAAACCCAACCCUUAAAAUAAGUCUAAAUUCAGUUUAAAAAUCCAAUGUUAUUUUUUUUGGCUCCAAUUUCUUUGUGGGAAAUUUUAAUUUGUUCUUGUGACCAAAAACCAUCAAAUGAACUUUCAAUGUAUGUGAGGCAGCACUGCACUAAAUUAUCAGUAGAUAAAGGUUUUCAGUUGAAACAUUUUUUUUUACUUUUUUACACUUUCCCUGUAAUUCAUUUUAGGGCCAUUGCUUGGCAAAUUACACGUUUGAAAUGCUUAGUGAACACUGUUUCACAACAUGUAAUACCCACUGAAUUAUAAUAAGGAUGGUGAAUAUCAAGGUUGUUUCAAUCCCUAUUCAGAGCUAUUUGAUACAUUUUGUAAAAUUUCAGGAUAAGUAAAACUUAUCCUGAGUACUCUCCAGGCAUAACGCUAAAAAAACACUUUUAGAAUUAUCAUUUUUACUAUAUCUUCGACCAGAAGUGGAAGAUUCCAGUCAGGACUUUUCUCCCUUCUGAACCUGAGGUCCUGCUCUGCCUGAGGAUUUCAUACCUGGCUGGUUUGCACAGCGGUUUGAACUUGAGCCAAAUGCAGCCUCGACUAUGAGGUUUAAACCUCUCUCUCCUCCUGACAGACACUUGAACUUAAAUGACUUGGCCCAGCAUACAUCCCAUCAUAUUCUAUACAUUUCUUUGUACGAUCUAAAAAAAUAAGGUAUCUUUGUUCUUUCUUUGUACUUCCAGUCCUUUCGUCAUGAUUAGCUUAUGUUCUAUUGGGGUACCAUUAGCCAGAAUAUUAGUUGAAAACCAAGUGCAGAACAUUACAAAAUGGCAAUAUUAUAUUUAAUUUGCCACAGCAAUUCCCCAAAAUAUAUUUUUUACAUAUAUAUAUAUAUAUAUAUAUAUAUAUAUAUCUGAGUGAACAAAGACAACCAUAACGGACGUGCAUGACAAUGCCGUGAGUGAGUAGAUCGAAGGAGAAUAGUUGUAAUUAUGUUCAUAAUAAUGAUAAUCCUUCUUGAAGUCAUUCUUUAUUUCUGAGACUCAUGGCUUCACUAUAACUUUCUGACUUAGAACUCCUUGCCUUUAUUGGGACGGUGCUGUUUGUAUAACUAACUACUAAACUUUGACUGUGGACCUUGACCGGUCGACCAAUCUGCCAAAGUGCCAGUUGGAAAAUGAAGUGGCAUCCUAAAUCUAACAAGGCCUGAAAUCAAUACACUCUGCCAAGGAUAUAUGAAAUAUCAAUGAAUUAAUGUCAUCAUGUUGGGCUCCUCAAAAGAUAUGACCCUCAUUUGGUAUACUUUGUAGCUGGUUGUAGCAUUUGAUUAUAUAUCUCAUCCAAGGUCUGUAAUACAUUCCGCUGUUAUUUAAAAUGAAUGCUUAUUAUGUAUUAGAUUAUUAUUAAUUUAAUUUGAUUCGCCAGAACAACUAAUGUAAAGUUACAUUCACCUGCGAGGCCUCAAUCCUGGAUUAGAUAGAUAUUUAACCAAUUGUUAACGUGACAUAGGCAUGUUCAGAGAGUAGAUAUAUCAGAUCUAGAACUACAUCAAAAAGUUUUCAAAAUCUCAUUAAAACCAACGUAUUGGAUAUUCAUACUAUUCAGAAUGGUCUCAAAGGGUUGGUACUUAACUAUUGUUGUUUUUGUGACACUAUAAACUAUAUCUUCAAAUAAAAACCAUCUUUUCUUUCAGAAAAUGUAAAGAUUUAGAAUGACAACAUGCACUCCUAUAGAAAUAUACGUAAACCUCUAUAAUUAUAUAUAUUAAAGUGUGUUUCCUCAUUAGGAA